AUGUCGAUAUCAAACAACUCUCACGAUGUUGAAAAGGACGCUAUAGGCACAGAAUUUGCACAUCUAACAAACAAUGUUGUUCAAAGUUUUAGCUGGCAAGAUGUCACUGUCACUGUCAAUGACCGGAGCUCGAAAAAACCCAUUGAUAUCUUGUCAAGCGUCAGUGGCAUUGUGGAAGCUGGUGAAGUCAUGGCCUUGAUGGGACCGAGUGGAUCUGGAAAGACUACCCUACUCAACGUACUUGCCCACCGGGCUGCCAUGCCAAAAGCCACAAUCCAGCACCAUCUCAGCAUCAAUGACGAACCCACAACUCUAGCCUCAUUCCGAAAGCUGAGCAGCUAUGUCGAGCAAGAAGAUGCUCUUAUCGGUUCUCUUACUGUGAGAGAGACAAUGUACUUUGCGGCGCAACUCGCACUUUCAAGUUCCAUCAACAAAGCAGCCCGAAAAGAGCGCAUCUCUAGUCUCCUUGCGUCAUUUGGUCUCCAGAACCAGGCCAACACGUUGAUCGGUACGCCGAUUCGCAAAGGUGUAUCAGGUGGCCAGAAACGUCGCGUCAGUGUAGCCAGCCAGCUCAUCACUAGCCCCAAGAUCCUCUUCCUCGACGAGCCAACUAGCGGCUUGGACUCUGCGGCGAGUUACGAGGUAAUGAAGUUUGUAAGGGACGUGGCCAAGAAAUAUAAGGUUCUUGUCAUCGCAUCCAUCCACCAGCCGUCGACGACGACAUUCAAGCUUUUCGAUAAGCUCAUGUUGCUGAGUAGAGGCAAGGUGGUAUACAACGGCGAGGUAAAGAAAGUCAAAAGUUAUUUCGCCGGCCUAGGAUAUGAGAUGCCUCUCUACACCAACCCCGCCGAAUUCGUCAUCGAACUCGUAAACACAGAUUUCUCAGACAACAUCGAUGCGGCAUCUACCCGACUCACCCACCUGCACACCUCAUGGGUGAACUCCAUAGACGCAGCUUCCGUAUCAACCGCCAUCCGCUCCACGACCACGACCACGCACCCCACUCCCGCCCUCCCAGACCACAGCACCAGCGCUAACCCGCUCACGCUACCCCUCACCCUCAUGCACCGAUCGUUCAUAAAAUCCUACCGCGACGUCGUCGCCUACGGCAUCCGCAUAGCCAUGUACAUGGGCUUAGCCAUAAUGAUGGGUACAAUCUGGCUGCGCCUCGCACCACUGCAAUCAAACAUCCAAGCUUUUACCAAUGCAAUUUUCUUCGGCGGCGCAUUCAUGUCAUUCAUGGCCGUUGCGUACAUCCCCGCGUUCCUCGAGGACCUGUCCCUCUACCAAAAGGAACGCGCAAAUGGAUUAUACGGACCCCUCGCUUUUACCAUUGCGAAUUUCUUUGUGGGGCUGCCGUAUCUUUUUCUCAUUACUAUAUUGUUUUCUGUCGUGAGUUACUGGCUUGGCAAUUUCAACCCCACAGCCGAGGGCUUCUGGAUGUGGGUGCUGUGGCUUUUCCUCGAUUUGCUAGCGGCGGAAUCACUGGUUGUGUUCCUCGCUAGUCUUAUCCCCAUCUUUGUCGUUGCGCUUGCGGCGACGGCGUUUGCGAAUGGGCUCUGGAUGUGUGUGAAUGGGUUUAUGGUGAGGCCCGAGAUGCUGAAUCCGUUCUGGCGUUAUGUUUUUCACUAUAUUGAUUAUCAGGCCUACGUCUUUCGCGGUAUGAUGGUUAAUGAGUUUGGCAGGAGGGAUUAUAGCUGUGAGAGGCUGGCUAGUGGGGGGUGUCACUGCUUGUAUCCGAGUGGGCUGCAGGAGCAGUGCUUGGUUGAGGGGAAGGCUGUGUUGGGGGUGUAUGGGUUUGGGACGGGUGGACAAGGGAAGUAUGUGGGGUUUUUGCUAGUUAUUGUGUUUGUUUAUCGGGUUUUGGGGUGGGCGGUGCUGUAUUUUAGGAAACACUGAUUGGGGUGAUGUUGAAUGGGGGGACUUCUUUGUUGUGAUUCACGCAUGGAGGAUUUUAUACGUGCAGACUGUUCGAUACUUUAGACCUCUCCGAGAUUAAGAUUUCUUGUAUUCGCCC